AUGGAGGAGCGUCCCCGCCGCCCUCCCUCCGUCUUGACGAGCGAGGUGUACAAUGAGGCCGAAACGAUUUUCACGAUGCUGGAGAAUAAGGAGAAGUUGAUCUCGUUCCUUGACUGCAUGACGCUGCUGCGCGGUAUGGGGAUGAACCCGACGCAGGGAGACAUGGAUUACCUCCGCACGCGGAUGGCGGAUCCGGUACUUCGGCUUGAGCAAUGGCGCCGCGAAGAAGAGCUGAAGCGCGAGAAGGAGCGGCGCCGCGAAGAGAUGCGGGAGAAGAAGCGUGGCUCCUCCAUGUAUCCGCAGAAGAAACCACACAAGUCGAUUGUAGAACGGACACUGGAAGCCGAGGCGGCGGAGGGCCAGACGCCGCAGCAGCCCGUCAAGAUCGUCCCUGUGGAGGAAAUCAAGAACAUCGACUGGAACAUAUUUAUAUCAUGUGCUGAAGAGAUUUACCGCGACGCGGCGGCGGAGCAGAAGGAUGUAUUGACGGCGCUAAAGGUGGUUGACAACGAGGGAGCUGGCGAGGUAGCCAUUGACGAGCUGGUUCGAGUCGUUACAACGAAUGGCGAGAGUGUGCUAAGCCCAGCCGAGGCGCAGCAGUUGCGCGCGUUGCUCCCCAAAAAGUGUAGCUUAACAGAGAUGGCUGCACGCUUGCAGGGUACCUAUGUUCCACCCACCAAGGAGGAGUUGGAGCGGGCGGCCCUUGAAGAGGUUGAGCGGCGGCGACGGCAAGAGGCGGCGGCAAAGGCAGCUGCAGAUGACACAAUACCGUUGCUCUGA